AUGCGGCUCCGCACGGGGAAACGUCGCGGCACUCUGCGGGGGUUCCUGCUGCUGGUUGCCGCGCUCGUGCUCCUCCUCGCAUGCGCCGCGGAGGUCUCCGCCUUCUCCGUCUUCAAGGCCAUCGCCUCCUCCUACCAGCAGGGGGACACCAUCCCGGUCAUGGUGAGCCCGCUGACCUCCGGGCUGCGGGUGAUGCCGAUGCAGUGGAGGUCGCUGGCGCAGUGCCCGCGGAAGGAGCGGCAGCGGCGGCGGCGGCGCAACAUUGGCCAGCUGCUCUUCGGCGACCAGCUGGAGGAGUCCGCCUACGACGUGACGGUGCUGGAGAAUGAAACUUGUGUGCCGCUGUGUAGUGUGACGCUGACUGCGAAGGAGAAGAAGUACUUGGGCAAGCUUAUUGAGGGCCGCUACCGCGCCAACAUGUACGUGGACGACAUGCCGGGCGUAGAGGACAUUAGAAUUUUAAAGGGGCGGCGUCAUGUGACGACGGGGUACUACUUGGGCUCUAGAAACAGCCCUGCGGCCCACGGGGAUGUGGUGGUGAACAACCACCUCAUCUUUACCAUCUCCUACCACCCCGUCGACUCCCCGUUUAAUUUGGAGAACAGGUCGUAUAGAAUUGUGCAGUUCCAAGUCACAGCCAUGAGUGUUUACUACGGCAGUGCCAUCUGCGACCACAACGACCUGGUGACUGGCAGGCCCCAGCCUCUCAUGGAGGGCAAAAUACCGUACUCCUACAGUGUGCGCUGGGUGGAGUCGCCCCUGACGUGGUCGACGCGCUGGGACGUGUUCAUGCAGAUGACGACCCGGGAGUCCAAGAUCCACUGGUUCAGCAUCGUGAACUUUUUUGUCAUCACUCUGUUGCAGACCGUGGCUCUCUGGUACGUGCUGAUCCGAGCGCUGCGCCGAGACUUCUUGUACUACAACGAGGCGGAGGCGGAGGCCGAGGAAACCGACGAGUCUGGGUGGAAGCUUGUCCACGGUGACGUCUUUCGCCGACCACGCGGUGUGGGGCUUCUUUCCAUCUGUGUUGGGACAGGGACCCAGCUGGCAAUGAUGUUGGGCUUCACACUUUGCGUGGCCUGCAUGGGGUUCGUUUCGCCGCAGAGCCGUGGGACGCUGGCGACCACGCUGCUCUUCCUCUUUGUGCUCUGCAGCUUUUUCAACGGGCUGGUCACGGCGAUGCUCAUCAAGUACCUGCGGAUGCGAUCGUGGAAGCUGAUCUUCGCCGCCAGCGUCUUCUAUCCGGCGCAGAUGUUUUUCGGCUACUUUGUACUCAAUUUUAUUCACAUUGGCAGCCACGCCGCCAGCUCCGCCUCGCUGUCUUCACUCGUCAUUCUUCUGCUCCUCUGGCAGGGCGUCUCCACGCCGCUGUUGCUGGUUGGCGCAGUGCUGGGCUUCAGCCUGAACCUCACAACCCCGGUGAAGGUGAACAGCAUCCCCCGCACCAUCCCGCCGGCGCCGUGGUACUAUGACUCGGCGCUCACAAUACUUCUCCCCGGCCUCGUGCCCUUCGCCGCGUCGCAAGUGGAGAUCACGUACAUCUUCGGAAGCGUCUGGCACGGGACGGUCUACUACAUGUUUGGCUUUCUUCUGGCGGUGUACGCGCUGUCGAUGGUCAUCGCCGCGCAAACGGCCGUGUUCUCCACGUACAUUCAACUGAACCGACUGAACUACCACUGGUGGUGGCGCUCCUUUCUGACCUCCGCGUCCUACGGCGUCUGGAUUUUUAUCUACAGCGUCUUCUACUACUUCUACCACUCCACCCUGAGGGGACUCCUGAGUGCAGUGCUCUUUUUCGGCUACAUGGGGAUGGUGGCGUACACGCUCUGCCUGCUGAGCGGCGCCGUGGGCUUCCUCGCCUCCUUUUUCUUCGUGCGAAUCAUCUACAGCAACGUCAAGGUGGACUAG